GGAAUAUUGAAAAAUUUGGGAUACCAGAGCAAAAUUAAAAUUUUGCAGAAAAAGGUUCAAAAGAACACGGUUGUAUUUUACCUUAUAUUCCCUCGCUGGCUACAAAAAAGAAAAGAGAAGAAAAAAACAAAACAGAAAGAAAAGUACAUUUCAGAUCUCUCUUCUGCAACCGGCUAUUCGAGUCCCCAAAGCUCGCAAGAGUAAGAAGGCCAAUAUAUAUAUAAUAUAGAGAGAGAGAAGAAGAAGAGAGUGGAGAGAGAAAGUAGAGAGAAGAAGAGGCGGUGCUGCAUAACAGUGGGAGAAGGAGGAGAAGAAGAAGAAGAAGAAGAAGAAGAAGAAAUGGGUUGCAGAAACAGAGAGUUGUUGGAGGAAGAAAGUGCGGUCUCGGUUUCACUGAGCGACGCCCUAAUUUUCUCUACCAUGUGUAUCGUUGGCCUCCCAGUCGAUGUUCACGUCAAGGAUGGUUCGAUUUAUUCUGGAAUAUUCCACACAGCCUGUCUAGAGAAAAACUAUGGUAUUGUAUUGAAGAGAGCAAGGAUGACUAAAAAGUGUAAUUGUGAUGCUAAUGUGGCGAAUGGGGGUCUAAUAGAAACACUUGUAGUCUUAUCAGAAGAUCUUGUCCAAGUGGUUGCCAAGGAAGUUCUGCUUUCAUCAGAUGGUAUCGUUGGCAAUUUCACUGGGGAUGAUGUAGAGGAUAUAGCCGGUGCUGUUUCUUCCACUGAAUGUGCAGAGAGCAAAGCCAAGAUGAGAAAGCAUAGGGAGUCUAAUCUGUACUUAAAGCAAAUUAAUCAAACAAGGAGUUUGGUCCAAAUUGAGACUGAGGAACCUCGUGGUUUUGCACUAACAACGGUUCGUCAUUUAGGCAAUGCUCCAGAAGUUGAAAAGAGAAAUUCAGACGGCAUACAAUUAGCAAAGAAGGGAGGAGCUUCCCGUGCUCCACUAAAUGAGAGACAGGUUGGAGGCGGCAGGUCACAAGGAAAACAUGGUGAUUAUGAACAGACGUCUGAAUUACAAAAAGAAGAAACUACACAAGAAGCUCAAGGCUCAAGUUCAAGUUUUGAUGCACGCCUUAUACAGUUAAAUGCUGUUGGGGAUUGUGGAAAGAUAACACCCAAUCUAUUGCCGAAUGGUGCAAUUCGUGACAAUCCCGCUCCUUCCAUUGUCAAAGUGGAUGAUCAAUGCCAAGAAAGGCACACUUCAAAUGACUUUCCAUGCUCAAAUGCUAUAUCUUCAGGUCUACCAACCUCUGUCACUUCACUUAUGUAUGUUACCUCAGAGUCAUGUCAUUCAUCGUCUUCUCCAAUUGAAAUGGCCCCUCCAAAAAGUUCAGGUUCCAAUAGAAGUGCUAAGGAAUUUAAGCUCAACCCUGGUGCAAAGAUUUUCCGUCCAUCAUUCUCAAACCAUAGAUCAACAACUCCUCCUGUGGUGCCAGCAAUUACAAGUGUGAGUUACAUACCAGACAACUGUCCUGUGGUACCCAUUGCUGCUGCAGAGCCAGAUGUUGAAAUCAACACUUUUUCGCCUCGUACAUCUCCACCUGUUAAGUUUGUUCCAAUCAGUAACUUGAUGACUGGAAAUGACAGCAGUGAUUCUCAAUAUGCCCAGCCUAUUGUUGGCCAUGUGGGAAGCAGGACACAGCCAAUCAGAUAUGCUGGUCAGUAUCAUCCUCUUCAAGCUGGGCCUGCCUAUGUUCAUCCAAAUUCUCUAAAUGUUAUGGUUGGACGACUGGGUGGGCAGCUCGUAUACGUUCAUCCAGUUUCUCAUGAUGUGACUCAGGGUGCGGCAGCUCUCUCUCAAGUGUCUACUCGUCCUCUGCUGACUCCACAUCAGGUCCAUCUUCCUAAGCACCAAGGCUUAAACACAAUAAAUCAUGGAAGUGCUGCAGCUCAAGCAUUGCAGGUGUGUGUGACUCCCACUUUUAUAGCGAGUGGACAGCAGCCGCUUGCGGUGCCAAGCCAUAUACCUCUUACGCAACCUCCCUACCCCAUUAUUCGUCCAAUUUCAGUUCCAGGAUCCAAUGGGUUUUUCAGCACCAAGUUCUAGUGAAUAUCCUCUUCUAUAAUUUUUUUUACCCCACCAAAAUUUUGGCAUAUCAUUAAUUUUUUAAUCAAGUUUAGCUUUCUCCAUUUUUAUUUUUAUCCUACACAUGGGAUUAAUAAUGUUUACGUGAUGAGAGGAGGGGUUGAAACGUUGUAAAGCUGGUCUAAGAACAGAGUUGUGUUUAUUUAUUUUUUUCCUUUUUGGUUUUUGGGUAGAAACAGUGGACAAUUUUUUCUGUAAGAUUUCAUUGUAGGUUCGAUUUACAAUUUAUUGAAUGGAAGUUGGAUUUACGGAGAACAUUAAAAAAAAAUUGGGAGUUCAGAUGUUUCUUCAUAUAAUAUUCAGAUAGAGAACUAAAUUUUUCUAGGAGAUCAUUGUCGUCUUCUUUUUAUUGAGAAAAUUAGAGUUAAAGCUGAUAUUGCAUGUAAAUGAUUAUGAGGUGGAGAACGAUAUUGUUACUAUAUGUUAUGCAUUUCUUUUCUGUU